AUGAGUAAACAAACGAGAAAGAGUUACCUUGUUGCCAUCAAACUUGAAGCAAUUGAUUACGCAAAAUAUGUAGGCAAUAGAGCAGCAGGACGAAUGUUCGCUGUUACUCACACCCAGAUAGCACAAUGGAGGAAGAAAGAAGAAGAACUGAAAAAAGCUAACAUGAGAAGUAGACGAGUCGGUUCUGGUAAAGAAGCAGCGUAUCCAUUAGCAGAGGACGCUUUAAAAGAAUGGAUCGUCGAUUUACGCAACAGAGGAAUAGGCGUCACUUCAUCUAUUAUUAAAUCUAAAAUGACCGAAUUCCUCUCAUACAGUUUCAGCGAACAAUAUCCAAAUGCUGCACAAGACUUUAAAGCGUCUGAUAGUUGGUUUAACCUCUUCCUAAGACGACACAAUUUCUCCCUUCGUAGACGUACCAAGAUCGGCCAGAAAUUACCCCAAGAAAUACAGCAAAAAGUUGCUAACUUCCACGAAUUUAUUAAAAAUAUUCGUCUACAAAACAACUUUGAUCCUACCCGUAUAAUCAACCUUGAUGAAACACCUGUCUUUUUUGAUAUGGUGGGAGCCCUUACUAUUGAUUACAAAGGAGUGAAAACGGUCCAUAUAAGAACAACAGGAAACGAUAAAAACAGAUUUACCUGCGUGCUUGCUGUAUUAGGAGACGGCACAAAACUUCCUCCUAUGGUCAUAUUUAAGGGUAAAAGACUACAGAAGGGAGAUUACCCACCAGAUGUGAUUGUGCGGAUGAAUAAGAAUGACUCGUUUAGAGGGCAUCUAACCCAAACCGUUAAAAGUAAAUGUCAAGAAAAAAAUCUUGUCUUAGGGGUUAUUCCAGGUGGGCUUACAUCUAUAGUUCAACCGUUAGAUGUGUCGAUUAACAAACCAUUUAAAAAUAGAUUAAGGGAAAAGUGGCGUACGUGGAUGGCGGAGGGUAAAUUCGAGAUGACAAGAGGAGGAAAUUUAAAGAGGCCUGACAAUUCUUUAAUGUGUCAUUGGAUCAGUGAAGCUUGGUCUGAUAUCCCAUAUGAGAUUAUAGUGCAGUCAUUUAAAACCUGUGGGAUAUCUAACGAUCUCAAUGGUACAGAAGAUAAUUUAAUAUGGAAGGAAAACAGUGAAAAUGCUGGAGAGAGGGAUGAACCAGUUAUAGUUUUACCAGAGGACGUUUGUGAAGAUGAGGAAUGA